UUUGGUCGGUGCAGUAUUUUUUUUGGUUCGAAGUUUAUUUGUAGAAUUUGCAAAGAUUCUAGUGGAAAUUUCGUCUUGCAGGAAGUUUUAGAACUUCCGAUCGUGCAGAAAAAGUUAUUAGGGGGAGGGUUGGGAACGGAUGACUGCGCUGUUGUCUGCACGCUUUUGUUUACACAACACAGGCUGUCCAUCCAAUCAUUGUAUUUUACAUUUAAUGACAUUCAUUUUUAAAUAAUUUAUAUACUCUUCAGAAAAAGGGCCUAGUUUUGGACUAGAAUUUGUCUCGAAUAAAAAAUGCAAAGUUCCUGAAGCUAGACUCUUGUUUUCUAAAUAAAUACAGAAAUUUUUAGCGUUUUUAAACGAGGUUGGCUGCCUGAGAGGCUUGCCAUAAUAUAUUACAAAUCUCGGCCGACUGGGGUUAAAGUUGAUGGUAGAGACCUCGAUUGGAGAACGGGAAAGCAACCGGCUUUUCAAGGUGGGCUGUAUAGACAAUGCUGGUGAAAGUUGUUACAAAUAAUAUCGGAARAUAUAGAAGGUUGUGUCUACUUACAAUUAUUGUCCUUGCCAUUGCAUUUUUCAUAUUGGAAUGUUACUAUGAUAGUGAACACAUAUAUCAUAUAGAACACAUUCAUGGUUCCAACAAAAUAAUGGAUUCUGGUGUAUCACAUAAAAUGGGUCAUGUCAAUGUGCAUUUAUGGAAUAAAAUGUGUUCAAGUUCAAUUGACAGUCUUCAAAUGCAUCCACUAUUUCCAUCAUGGCCAAAUGUGCGAGGACAGCCUGAAAUGCCAAAUGAAUUAGUAUCAAUAAUGAACAGCAUGUGGUCAGCACAAAGGAUCAUGGGGCUUCUCUAUCCUCCUACAUCAGGAUAUUAUAGAUUUGAACUAAAAUCUGCUACGCUGUCAGAGUUUUGGUUGAGCAACAGUCAAGAUYCUGGAGGGGUUGCUUUAUUGGCCAGAAAUAAUAGAAAUGUUUUAUAUGGAGUUAAGUUUGCUAAAGGACGAUCAAUGUCCAAGUCAAGAUCAGUUCAUCUUAACCAUGGYCAACCAGUUUAUUUUGAAAUAAUCCAUGUCAUGAAUGAUAUCAAUUAUGAUCAGGUUCAAGUUCGAUGGUUAUUGCCUGAUGCUCAUUCAUUCACAGCAAUCCCAAAGUCAUGUUUAUCAACUGUCAUAAUUAAUGAUACAAGCUGUGAUGUAAGAACACGGGAAUUUCUCAGAAAGUCAGCUAGUCUUGCUCUCCAAGAAACACCUAUAAAAAAUGCCAAGUCGUAUCAAUGGAUUAACACCACUUUCUCCUCAACACUUAAUGAUUAUCCAACAUACACCAAGGAAAACCUUUACACUUGUAAAUUUGCUGAUCGUAUGAAAAUAAUGUCAAUUUUUGAAGAGUGUGAUUAUACACCAAGUUAUGUAGUGAAGAAGAAAUACCCUCGCUAUAGAGGCGUUGAAAAUACUCAUUACAGUGAUGUGUUUCCAAGUGAUGGUACACAAGAUAAGAUCUGGGAUUGGUGUGAAAGAGCUCACCUUUGUCGCGGAAAUACAAUUAUAAAGGAAUCUAUUGUUAUUGAUGUUUUAAAACAAUUUUUGGCACAGCUUGAAGAAAAUUACCCAGGGGAAUAUAAACUUGCUAAUGUGGUGAAUGUCGAAAACAAUGCUGACCAAAAACGUGGAAAUCGCUUCUUCCUUGAGCUGGUUCUGUUAGAAAAUAAAUCAAAAGAACUUCAGCGUUUAUCAGAGUAUUUCUAUCAUAUCAAAAACACAAGYACUAUCUGUAAACCUAAAGGAAUGGUUUGGUCACCAACAGUAAAGAUUAAUGCCAUUGUUACAUCAAAGAACCAAGGGCCAUGGAUAGUACAUUAUAUUGAAAACAUGGCUAAGGUUAUCCAUACAACUAAUGAUAAAAAUGUUCAUUUUGUUAUUGUUGACUAUGGUAAUAAUGAUGUCAAUAUUGAAGAUGAAUUACGAAGAAAUGGAUUGACAAAAUAUACAGUGAUAAAAAUGAGUGGUGUAUUUCAUAAAACCUUAGCMAUAAGCGAAGCAGUUGGAAGUAUUCAAGACCAAAAUAGCAUUGUAUUCCUUACUGAUCUUCACCUGAACACACCAAGUACACUCUUUGAAAGUGUUAGGAAACACACAAUUCAAGGAAUAUCAGGCUUUACUCCAGUUGUUUUCCGUCUCACAAAAUGUGGAAGACCUGAGACAGAGCAAACUCAAAGCAAUGGAUAUUGGGAUGGCUAUGCUUUUGGGAUUAUUAGUUUCUACAAGAGUGACUGGGAUGUCUUUGGGGGAGUCAAUGUAAAAGAAUACAAGAACCGAUGGGGGGGAGAAGACUGGGAAAUGAUAGACAGAGUCUUGGAGAAAGGCUAUGAAGUUGAAAGACUCAGACUACCAUACUUCUAUCAYUUUAGUCAUGAUAAAAGUGGAAUGUGGGAUAAGUCCUAGUAUUUGAUAUAAUUUUUAUAUUAUAUUAAGUUAAAUUAAUUAUUUAAGUUAUUUAAGUUUUGUAUCACAGAGGCAGGUUUUAACAGUUGUACAAAUUGUAAGAAAGCAAAGAGAAUAUUAAGUAUAGUUUAAAACACGAGAGAGYGUUUUAUCAGAUAUAAAGAUUCGAGCUGAAGGCGAGAAUCUUUAUACCUGAUAAAACAUGAUCUCCAGUGUUUUAAACGGCUUCAAAAACUCCAACAUUAGUUUGAAACUCAAAUCCAUUAAAAUUCUUGGAGAAAUUGUCAUAUAAACAAAUUUUGAGAUAAAUGGGGCAAACUGAUCAUGCGCGAAUCACUGUACAAAGCACUAUUUUUAUCCCACAUUGAAAACGCAUAAAGUAAAAUAGAACCACUGUUGGCUGUUUACUGACAUCGGUUGACAUCCUGUAUUGGUCAAUGAUCAGGUAUACAACCUGAGACCUUUGCUAGGGUCAUGGACCUUUAUAUCUGAUA